AGCAUCCUGAAAAACCACAGCCGUGAGAUUGAGAACCCCCGUGAUGUGUUACUCAGGGUUGGUCAGAUGGCCUUCAGAGGAGUGUCCGAUAAGAGAACUGUGUUUACAGAUGGAGAUUUGAACAACUACAAUCUGCAGCCAUUCCAGUUUCUGUCUGGGUUCCUGAUGGAGCUUUUGGGGAGAGAGGAUUCUGCCCAGUGCGUGGUGUACACAUUCCCACACCUCACCAUCCAAGAGUUUACAGCUGCAGUCGCACAAUUCCUGACUAUACAUCCCGGAGAUAUCCUGAAAUUCCUCACUGAAGCCCACAACACGACAGAUGGGCGAUUUGAGGUAUUUCUCCGUUUUGUUGCUGGUCUCUCCUCCCCAAUGACAGCUCGAGGUCUGGAGGAGUUUCUGGGUCCAUUUCCUCAUGAAACAACUUGUCGGGUGAUGGACUGGGUGAAGGAGGAGGUUAAACGCCAGAGUGAAAACACAUCGAGUGAAGCUGGUAAAAGGAGGCUCCUGAACACAUUUCACUACCUGUUUGAGUCUCAGAAUCGUGAACUGGCUCAGACCGCACUGGGAUCUGUGGAAGAACUUUCAUUCAGUGGAAUGACACUGACCCCAGUUGACUGCGCGGUCCUAUCUCAUGUUGUCAGACUCUGUGAUACAAUAAAACGUCUCGACCUGUCGUACUGCCACAUUUUGAGUGAAGGAAUCCAGCAGCUGGGACCCUGGCUGCACAAGUUCCAGGUAUUGAGUCUUGGGCGGAAUGACCUGGGAGAUUCAGGAGUGAAACUGGUGUCUGCGGCUCUUGGGAACCCGGAGUGUAAAAUACAGACACUGAAUCUGAACCAUGUCGAACUUACAGAUUCUGGUGCUGAGGAUCUCGCCUCCGCUCUCAGUACAAACCGAUCACUGAUAGAGCUGGACCUGGGAUGGAACCCGCUCACAGACCAGUCUGUCCCUGCUCUCCGCCGGCUCAUACUGACCCACCCGAGUCUGGAGCAGAUCAUGCUGGCAGUGAAUAAUUUCAGUGGGACUGGGGAGAAUGAACUGGAGUCUCUACAGGAGUCUAGACCCGGACUGAGAGUGUACCUGUAAACGUCUGAAUGUGUGAAUAUACCCGUCCACAAGAUGGAGACAAUUUGGCCGAUCCCCCCCCCCCCCCUUAACUCCCGCCCUUAUCUUACCGCACUCCAGAAGCAAUUCGCAAGGGUUCAGAAAUGACCCUGGAUCUGCGGUGAUCUGGGACACGGACCUGAAGUGUGAUUUGAUAAUCAUCAGUUCCGUGAUGCAGAGUGACAGUGAGAAAUGGGACUGAUUAUUCAAACUGCCCCUGGUUGUCGCCGGUCAGUUAAUUGUGUGUGACUGUGAGUGAGUCGGUACCAGCUUAUUUAUUCCCGCACGUCAGCAGCUCACAAAUCGAUUAAUUUACAUUUGUCGAUGAAAUCAAUAAACCACUGUAACAUCCUGUCUUCGUUUCGGACAAGUUUUAUUUGAAGUUUAUGCUGUCCCCCACACCCUGGGUGCCCAGGAUCUCAUCUCCACCCAGCCCCCUUGCUGGGAAACUCACCCCCUCCUUACACUCCACAAAGAAAGGGAGGGGGGACAGAGAGAGAGCUGGCCUUAUUUGGCAGUCCUGCAUUUCUUUCCGC